AUGUCGUUUGGCGGUGGUGGCUUCGGAGGCUUCGGCCAGAAUAACAAUAACAAUCAGCAGCAGUCUUCUGCUUUUGGUACCUUUGGCCAGAACAACAACACUACAAACGCAGGCUUCGGUGCUGCCGCAAACCCUUCAGGUUUUGGCACUACUACCGCCGGCGGCGUGUUUGGCUCUGGCAACAAUACUGGUGGUGGCUUCGGCAGCGGAGGCGGUUUCGGCACCAACAACAAUGCUGGCGGCGCCUUUGGCAGCAAGCCGUCUGCCUUUGGCGCUCCUGCGACGACGACCGGCAAUACCAUGUUUGGCGGCACCACUACCAACAACACCACAAACACUGGCUUUGGAGGUUUCGGCACCACUAACAACGCCAACACGGCCUCGGCUUUUGGCGCCAAUAACACCAAUACCACUGGUGGCAUCUUUGGCGGCGCCAAGCCUGGUGGCUUCGGCGCCGCGACUACGGGCAACUCCCUCUUCGGCGGUGGCAAUACCACCAACACGACUGGUGCAUUUGGUGCCAACACUGGAUUUGGCGCAAACACCACUCUAGGUGGUGGCGACCCCCCGGGUACCGCUGUUGCUCCUUUUCAAGCUUUCAACGAGAAGGAGUCGGGCAGCACAGCGUCCAAUAUUUCAAACUCCUUCCAGAACAUCUGUUUCCAGGAUCCCUACAAGAAGUGGUCUGCGGAAGAGCUUCGACUUGUCGACUACGUUCAAGGCCGAAAACACGGCAACGCCAGCGGUACCGGCGCUUUCGGUGUUUCUUCCGGCUUUGGCGGCGGCUUUGGCGCGACCAACACCAAUGCUCAGACGACCAAUGCUUUUGGUUCCAAUACUGCGAACAACACUGCUGGGGGCGGUAUCUUCGGUGGCGGCAACAACAAUGCCAACACCGGCGGGGCUUUCGGCUCUGCUGGGACACCUGCUUUCGGAACCACUAACGCCAACACCGGAGGUGGUCUCUUUGGGGCUGCGAAUAAGCCUGCUACCGGCGGUGGUAUAUUUGGUAGCAGCGCUCCUCAGACUCAGCAGACUGGCGGCGGUCUCUUUGGUGCCGCCAACAACAACACAAGUGCUUUCGGUGCCAACAACAAUAACGCAACCAACAGUGCAUUCGGCGCCCCUGCAAACAAUACCGGCGGCGGCCUCUUCGCUAAUGCUAACCAGAACAAGCCUGCUGGAACCGGUUUCAGCUUUGGUCAGACUGCCAACACCAAUGCUGCCGGUUCUGCUUUCGGCGGUGGCAACACAGCCAGUCCUUUUGGAGCUGCAAAUACCACAAACACUGGCGGCGGUGUCUUCGGCAGCAACACUAAUAAUGCCCAGCAAACCACUGGUGGUGUCUUUGGAAAUGCCACACAACAGCAAACUAGCACGGCCUCUCCCUUUGGUGCGUUUGGGGGUCAGCAAAACCAACAGCAGCAGACUGGUGGCGGUCUCUUCGGAAGCCAGAACAAGCCCGCGACCGGGGGUCUCUUUGGUGGCGGCGCGAACACCACUGCCAACGCUACUGGCGGAAACCUUUUUGGUAAUGCCAACAAUGCCAAUAACCAGCAACCUACCUCUGCAUUCGGUCAAAACACAGGGGGGGGUCUGUUCGGAGCAGCCAAGCCUGCUAGCGGCGGGGGGCUGUUUGGAAGCAGCACCAAUGCACAGACAAACACUGGUGGUGGUAGCCUCUUCGGCGGUGGUACUCUUGGUCAGAACAACACCCAACAGAACACCGGAGGCAGUCUUUUUGGAGCCGCAAACAACCAGCAGAAACCUGGCGGUCUUUUUGGCGCCUCGAAUCAAAACGCCGGUGGCAGCGUGUUUGGCGGACAAAACAACCAAGCUCAAGGCUCUUCUCUCUUCGGUGGUGCCAACAAUCAGCAAAACCAGCAGGGCUCGGCAUUUGGUGGAUCUCUACUGGGCAAUUCUCAGCAAAACCCCAGUGCCCCUCUCGGUCUUACUGCCAACCUGAACGAUGUCUCGGCGUACGGUACUCCAGCUCUUUUCGCCAACCUCGGAGGAAAUGAGUCUCCCAACCCUGGGCCCCUUGCCACGCCCCUUAACGGCAAUUCGAAGCCUCGCAGGAGCUCCAUUCUCCCCAUGUACAAGCUUGCCCCCGCCUCUGCCUCUCGCUUCGCUACUCCGCAGAAGCGUGGCUUCGGCUUUUCCUACAGCAGCUACGGCACUCCUGGAGGCAGCCCUGCCAGCAGCCUAUCGAGCACUCCUAGUGGCCUCGGACGCAGUCUGCUUGGUUCCGGCUCCAGUGGAAACCUGAGCAAGAGCAUGUCAACCAACAAUUUGCGUCGCACCUUCAACAGCGAAGAUAGCAUUCUCGCCCCAGGUGCCUUCUCAGCAAGCUCCAAUAGCCGCUGGUACGGAAGUACAGGGUCCAAGAAGCUCGUUAUCAACCGCGAAAUCCGCAGCGAUCUCUUCACAACCCCUCAAAAGGAGAAGCCUGUAGCUGAAGGCAACGGAACUGGUCGUAAGCUACUGAAGCGCGUCAGCUUCGAUACCAGCCACGUUGAUUCCGAAGAGACAGCGACGCCGGUCCGCGCUCCUUCUCCGCCCGACGACAGUCCCAGCACGCAGAACGAAGACACUCCUCGCCAACCCAAGCCCACCGUUAAUGGAACCAAAUCACCCGAGAUGGAGCAGGUAUCUAGCGGCAGAGAGCUUGCUGUUGUGCAGGAAGAUAGCACUACUGCUGACUCCGCUACUGCUACUGACGCUCCCAUCAGCAACGGUUUUGACAAUGCUCCUGGCGGGUACUGGAUGCGGCCCAGCAAGGAUGAGUUGAUGGCCAUGAACCGCGUUAACCGAUCCAAGAUUGAUGGAUUUACAGUUGGCCGAGACAAUGUUGGUCAAAUUAGGUUCAAGGUUCCAGUUGAUCUCAGCACCAUCGAUCUGGAUGAGAUUUGCGGCGGCAUUGUCCAGCUCGAGCCGCGGUCCGCAACUGUCUACCCUGUCGCCGCCAAGAAGCCUCUCAUGGGUAGGGGUCUCAAUGUUCCCGCCAGAAUUUCUCUGGAGCAGUCUUGGCCUCGUGGUGGACGCGAGAAGCGAGUCACUAGCGAUCCCAAGCGCUUCAGCAAGCACGUCGAGCGCCUUAAGCGCAUUCCCGAUACUACCUUUGAAAGCUACGACAAAGAUACUGGCGUUUGGACCUUUUCCGUUGAGCACUUUACCACGUACGCCAUGCCUGACGACGAUGAUGAGACGGAUGGCGACGGCUCUUCCGAACUCCCGCCUCAAACGGAAAUCGAAACUGCUCCUCAAGCUAUGGCUCUCGACGAGAUUGCAGGAGCUCCUAGUGAGAGCAACAGACAGGCUCUUCGACGCAAUGGUGUGCCGGGCGCCUUUGAUGAGUCAGAGGAAGUUCAUGGAGAGGAGCAGCCCUUGAAGCAGUCUUUUUUAGGGAUUAGCUCCGCGGAUUCGGCGCCCAACGAAGUCAGACUGGCUCUAGAGAUGGAUGACCUUGUUGACAUGGGCGAAGAAUAUGACGAGUUCGAUAGCGAAGACACGGCGAAUGCUUCGGUCGAACCGCAUCACGCCACGGAGCUUGAACAAGCCUCGCCGGAGGAUGAGCAGGACGCUAAGAUGAGCACUCCUGGUGGCAUUCUCAGAGCCAGAAUGAGAGCUAUCAAGGAGUCAGCUGGCCCUGUUCGACUCGAGGUAGCUGAUGGAGAUGAUUGGACGGAGAUGUUGCGCAAGACGGUCAGCCCGAUGAAGCGCGACAGACAGGAGCUCCGUGAACUGAACGAAUCGCCGUCGAGAAGAGCUGGUGGACAGCUGGACGACAAUCUCAACGCCUCUGUUUGGGGACGUCGCAGCAUGGGACGCCCAGAUAAGCAUGAAGGGUUCGCAGCAAACGCAGCGCUGGAAAAGAGUGUCGGGUUUGCGACCAGUAUUGACUUGAUGAACUCGUUGUUUGAGAAGCCCAAGCCUAUUCGCGAGAAAUUGCGUGUUUCUUCCAAUGCAAAGGGAUUUUCCCAGUUGCUACAAAUGCGAAAAGACAAGCCCUUCGAUACUGAUGAGAAGGAACAUGCCUCUCAACGCACCCCUCGAGUUUCUUGGGGUCUGGACGAGACCCUUGUCGUCACGCAGCCACGCGACUCGCACUUCUCAAGUCAGAUUCUGCGUGACAGUACCGACAUUUUGAGCAUUACAAAAACAAGCGUUGGAAGCGUCAUGCACGAUGUUUAUUUGGGCAAACUUUAUAGCCAGUCGUUCACGAGAUAUUUGCAAGCUCAGGAUAAGCUAACCGACGUUCGCAUGCUCGAUGGUGCGCCUUUCGCUGUUCUUCGUCAGACAAGUCUCCAGGACAUUUUCCAUCAUCAAGACAUGACCGACCCUGCCAAUCUGUACGAGAAACAAGUAUGGGAACUUGCCGAUAUUCUCUUUGGACAUGCCUCUACUUCCAACCUUUCUGAUCACCUUGCGCGCAAGAAGAAGCUCUCCGAGUUUUGGGCUGUGCUCGUUGAAGAAGCUUCAUCCAUCGCGAUCGGCAAGGCUGCCUCCAGUGAAGAAAAGGCAAUUGCCUGUCUUGCCGGUCAUCGCAUCACAGAGGCUUGCAAGUACCUAUUGGAAGGGAAAAACUUUCGUAUUGGUACUUUGGUCUCCUUGAUUGGAACUUGCGAUUCUGCCAGGAAGGAAAUGAAGGAGCAGCUCCAGUCCUGGCAGGACUCCAAGAUGCUGUCGGAAUUUCCGGAAGCUAUUCGGGCAAUUUAUGAGGUGCUCAGUGGCAACGUAUGCGUUUGUGGGGGUCUCAAGGACGUGCCCGUCGAAGACCGUAUGGAAUCGUUUUUUAUUUCACAAAGGUUCGGCCUUGACUGGAGACAAGCCUUUGGUAUGCGCCUGUGGUAUGCGCUGAGCAAAGACGAGGAUGCCAAGUCUGCGGUUAAAAGGUUUCAAGAGGACAUUAACGAGAACAGAGAGGAUCUACCUGAGACGUGGUACAUGGAGCAAGGUGUCAAGCCCAUCUGGACCGAUUACGACCUGGGCAAGCGCCAAGAUCUUCUUUGGGGCUUGCUCCAACUGUACGCCGAGCCGAAGACGGAUCUGGAGGCCGUCAUCCGACCCGAAAACUCUCAACUGUCACCUCUUGAUACUCGACUUUGCUGGCAACUUGGCCAAGCUCUCACCUCCACGGGCAAGGUCUCAUACGGGGACCACGACGCUUCCAAAGCCGAUGCUGCCACCGUUUCUUAUGCUGCUCAGCUGACCAGCGCCGGUGAAUGGCUGGACGCCAUCUUUGUCCUGCUGCAUCUUCGUGACGCGGUCGCUCGCAAACAAGCUCUCCAGGAGCACCUCUGCCGCCAUGCCAGCCGGAUUGGCGCUGAAAACGGACCCGUCUUCACAACGCUCACCGAGAAGCUGCUGAUUCCCGCCAGCUGGAUUUGGGAAGCUCUUGCGCUGUAUCAGCGCAGCGUAACCAAGGAUGCUCCGCUCGAGGUGCAGUGUCUACUCCGCGCCGGCUCUUUUGAGGAAGCUCACCGCGUUCUGGUGAACCAGGUUGCUCCUCGCGCUAUUGUCGAGCGCGACUACGCUGGCUUGUCUGAGCUCAUCUCUCAGCUCAAGGGCCGCCAGGAUAGUAUAUCGCAAUGGUCCCUCGGAGGUGAGGUUUACGGCCACUUCCUCGCCUUGAUGCAGCACCGCAGAAAGAAGGAGAGCAUCCCGUCUGCAUUGCUGGAGAGAUUGCUGGUCGGGCUGAAUGCCAUGAGCGAGAGCGGCUCCGAACAGGAAAUUCUGCGGUACGCAGCGGUUUCCGACAUGGCUGAUGAGACGGCGCGAGAAAUUGUCAAGAUGGCGAAGAAGAAGCAGGACAUGGAUCUGCGCUCUAGGAUCUUGCAUCUGCCGCUGACGCAGGAUCGACUUCUUGCUUAUUCUGUGGACCUGGGUCUCGACAGAUAUAGGGAGGUUGUGUCGUAUUGA